AGGGGGCCGCGGCGCGGGGACUCCCUAGGGCGCUCCUGCCGGAAGCGGGUGACGGCCAGCCCCCGCGCUGUGCCCGCGGUGACCGCCUCCGAGGACCCAGCCCCGGGGGCGGCGUGGCCACUGUCUUUUCCGCCGCCAGUCGCGCCUCCGUGCGCCCAGCCCAGCCGGAGCCAACCCGGGGGCGGAGCGGCCCGGAGCCCAGCGGGGAGGAGCCGCACCCCGCGUCCGCGCCCCGCUGCCCAGGCUGAGCGCUCCUUGGGCAGGCGGCCCGGGGCUCGCGGCCACGCUGUAGGAUGGCGGGCCCGGCCGCUUCCCCCUUCCGAGGGGUGUCUGGGCUCGGUGCCGGGCUGCCCGGGCCCUGCCUCGCGGACGGUCGUGGCCGGGCCGCGCUGCCUCUGGAGCGUCGAUCCCGCGGGGCACAGGAAGCGGGUGGGAGGUCCCUGCCGGACCUGGUCCCCGGGGGAGGGGAGGAAGAUGCGGAGGCACCUCUUGCUCUCUCCUCCGAUGCCCGCCGGCCGGGACCCUCGCGACCCCCAGGGUCCGCUGCUUAUGCUGCCGGGAUUGCUGAGGGCUCGUGGGGUGCCGGGGGCUGGUGCACAGCGUGUGCUUUCUUUUCACGGAGGCUUUGCCCCACUGACCGACCAGACGGCCCACCAGCAGUGCUUGUUGCUCAGGUUUGAACGUGCCUGACAGCAUGAUGGCGCGGGGGCGAGGGGGUACGAAAAGGAACAACAUUUAAAUAAAGACUGCGUGGAACCGGCUGACACGGCCGGCGGGGAGGUUACAUGCAUUUCCGCAGCAAGCCUCCCACCCCCGACCCGCGCUCGUGCUGGGGGACCCCAGCCUCCCUCGGGGGGCUGCGCCUGUAACGUUAAAAAAGGAAGGUUUUAAAAAAUUCUACCACUUCUUCGGUUCCUACAGAACCACAUCCUUUGUCUCCACCCACCCUCACAUCUGUUGUAAGGGAAAGAAAAAGAACAAAUCAAUGUAAUAAGCUUUAUUUCGCUCAAAGCACUGAAGGCGCUUUACCGUCAGGUUUUUAAGCCCCUGCGCUGCCCGCAGUGGAGGGGCCAGUUCAGUCUGUGCCUGGCCUGUUGUCGCCUUCCUCCAGUCCCCAUCUACCAACAGUUGGCAGCCUCUAAUUAGGACCCUUAAUGGACGCCGAUGUUGCCCUUUGGCCUUUUAUCCCCAGCUAAUGGGGUCCUAUUGUUAGAACCCUCCCCCCUCCCCACCCAUGAAACGCAGAAGGAAGCUCUCCAUCGCACUCAGAUUUGCCCAGGGACAGCCCAGGGAAUGCACACUUCUGGUAACUGGCAUUACAACUCUCCCUUUGGGGCCUAACAAAGCAAAAUUUUAAAGAAAGAAAGUCUUUCCAGCUUUUAAUGUCAAUUGCACAGGCAUUGCUGAUAAAAUAAUCAGAACACAAUGAAAAUAGCUCAAAGAUUUUGCUUACAGGAUUUAAGGCAGUCUUGGGCUUGGGAGGAGGGGAGAGAACAGUUAAGUGUCCAUCCUAGAUCGGGACUGAGCUGUUGGGGCAGCCUGGCUUUGUGUGGUCAUCUUGCUGUCCUAGUGUCUGGGCAUUCCUUAGGGCGGGCCCUCCUUCACCUGCAGAGGACUUUGCCUGCUGCUGGCUCCAGCCCUGGCAGAACAGAAGGAUCUGGAACCUCAUCUCUGAACAUCUUUCCUGGCAGUCGCCAGUGCUUGAUUUCAUUUCCAUAUGUUCUGAUACAAGUAGCCACGUUGUCAGCGGGAAGGCAGGAGGCCUCUUUUUAGUCCACUUUUGUCCCUGUACUGAAACUGGGGGGCCCUCUGUGCUGUGGGGCCUCCAUCUGGGAUCCUAUUUCAGUUUUUUUCUAAACGCCGACAGCAUAAAUUGUCCAUAAUCAUAGCUCUGCAGUGAAGCUGGAAUUACUUAGGCAGCUGUAAUGCCCUUCGGCCUCCCUACCUCCAAGCCUUCGUGACCCAGGAGGACAGAUGUGGGGUUGACCUUAGAGGUGCCCAGAGAGGCCGUCAGUGUGCAGACCAGAAACCAGCCCCGUCAUUUUGCACAUCUUCCCCUGGUGACUCAGGACAAAUCUGCUUUUCUGAGGAGUUCAAGGGAUUAGUGUCUCCACUGUGGCCUUGAUUUCAGUUUUUUCUCUUGGAUUUAUUGUAAUUAUGCUGAAAGCAUAGUGUUGGCACCUGUACCUCUUUGGGACAUAGUUAACAAUGAGCAAUGACCUUUGGAAUACAGCAGAAACUUCCAGGAGUUUGCCUUUUACCAACAACCCAACUCCUGCCAGAACGAAUAUUAAACAGUGCCUUGGAAACUGAAGCCAUUGCAGGUCUUCUGCAAUAUUUGACCGAUUAAAAGCCAGUUUCUUUCUUUCACAAACAUUUGUCGAAUGUCUACCCCAGGUCAGGCACAGUUCUAGGUGCUGGGAAUGCCCUGGCAUCUAAAACAGGCAUAGGUCCUCACCCCCCGCCAUCCGCUGCGGCUUAGGUUCCAAUAAGGUGAAAGGCAUUAAAAAUAUAAUCAUGUUAGUUCAUGUGUAAUAACAAGCAGACAAGUGGCCUAAAUGAAAGGAAUAAACCCCUAUGAAGGCAUCUGAUGAAGGGGUUUUGAGUUGGGGCCUGAAGGAUGAUGAGGCCUGGCAAAGGAGGACGGCAGGGGAUGGCCCAGGGGAGAUGGUGCUCAGAGGGGCUCGGCACAGCAGAGAACGGAAGGAAGGUCGGGAGGGGCCCCUAGGCCAUGCCGUUGAUUUGUAACUUAAUAUAAUUUUGAUUCCUAAUUAAUUGUGGCAUUUCCUCUAUGUAAAUUGAUGGAGCUUUGCUCUCUAGGCCUUGAUGGAGUAGGACGUGUGUUAAUUUUACAGAACUGAGAUGUACUGAAUCACAAAGGGAUCCCCGUUCCGUGGGAUGUUGUGGACAGAACGUCUUGUAAGCUUAUAACCACUGUGCUGCUGUUGGAUGCUGUUAGCACCGUUUCCUGGAAAGUCUUAGUCAUGAGGACCUUGGUACAGAUGCCAAGUCUGCUGCCUUUGUCUGAGCCACCGUCACCUCCCGCUCCCACUGCAGUGGUUCCAGGAACACAAAGAGCAUGGUGACAUGACAUGGAAACACCUGAUAUUCCAACAAAGGAAGUCGCAGAGGAAGCCUCCCGAUGGAUGAAGGAGGAAAGCCGGUCUAGUGUGUGCAGUAACUGUGUCUUCCUAACACCCACCUGGCGACUGAAUCAUGCCCUCCCCGCUUCCAGGUGAACAUUGUCGAGGCAGGCCCAUCAGGAGCGCUGCCGAGGCCAGGACACACACAGAUAUUGUCCGGCUGACCAUCCAUAAACCUUAAUCGCACAUGGGAGUCACGCACAAAAAACAAGCUCCCUGGGGCGGCUCCCUGUGAAACAGCAGUAAAGUCAGUGUUCUGAAGUGUGGACUGCAGCCCGUCUCUGAUUCGUUGGUCCUCAGAGACAGAGAUGUGAUGGAAUGUGGAGGGAUAAACACUGACUCAGGAAGAAAGGGCAGGCCCAGUUCCUUAAGAGCACCUGACAGCUCAGUUCCGCAGAGCAGGAGCUACAGACAGAGCCGCGGCUGCGGCUGCAGGGCGGUCCUGUCCGUGGACUGAUCAUCACCACGCGGUGCGGAGACCGAGCCACAAAGACCCCUGCAGACGGCCGCCGGGCGGGAACCUUGCCAAGUUCACAAGUUCAGCCGGGAGCGCGCUCGAGUCGACACACCCCUUUCGCCGGAGAGGAGAGCGGGCGGGCGCGAGGGGAGCUGCGUGCGAUUGAAAACCAGUGUGGACACAAGUGAAAUCUGAUCGCGCGCCAGCAGAAGCGUGUGAAGCCAGGAGCCCCGGAGGAGCCAUCGACCUUGGGCAGCCCGAAUCCGGGCGAAGUCAUGCCGGGCUGCUGAGCGGGGACGGCAGCCGGAGCGAGCGCUCGCAUGGAGAGCCCGGUGGCCCCCUGCGUCCUCUACCCGGGGGACGGAGCGUGCGGCCAGGCCGGGGGCCGGGGCGGCGCUCCCGAGGCUCCGGGAGAGGGCGGCCUGCAGCCGCCGGACGCGGCCGGGGGGGAGGGCGCUGCGUCUCCGGCGCAGAUACCCUGCAGUCUCAGCGCGUCCCUCUGCUUCAGCUCCGGGGACGAUUCCCCGCCCUCUUGUCGCCGCGGCCGGCGGGUGGUGCAGAGGCAGUGGGAAGUCGGCAGCGCGGGCGCCGCGUCCCCGGAAGGGCGCGCGUCCCCUGAGGAUCCCGUGUCCCCCGAGGAGCGCACGUCCCCAGAAGAGUCCGCGUCCCCGGAAGAUCCCGCGUCCCCCGGGGAGUGCCCGCCGGCCGAGGAGCCCACGUCCCCGGAAGAGGCCGGGGACGCCCCGCCUGUGCCCCCCGGCGUCGGGCCGGAGCACGGGGAGCCCGACCUGCUCAUCGAGGUGUCUGGCCGCCGGCUGCGGGCGCACAAGGCGGUGCUGGCGGCGCGCAGCGACUACUUCCGCGCGCGCGCGUCGCGGGACGUGCUGCGGGUGCAGGGCGUGGGCUGGGCGGCGCUGCGGCUGCUGCUGGCCUACGCGUACAGCGGGCGCAUGGCGGGCGUGCGGCCCGACAACGUGGCCGACGUGGUGGCCGGCGCGCGCCGCCUACAGCUGCCCUGCGCCGCGCAGCGCGCCACUGACGCCGUGGCGCCGCAGCUGAGCUUGGCCAACUGCUUCGAGGUGCUGAGCGCGGCCAAGCGGCAGCGGCUGGCCGAGCUGCGCGAGGCCGCCUACCGCUUCAUGAGCGACCACUACCUAGAAGUGCUGCGCGAGCCCGCCGUCUUCGGGCGCCUGUCGGGCGCCGAGCGCGACCUGUUGCUGCGCCGCCGCCUGCGCGCCGGCCGCGCCAGUCUUCUGGCCGCCGCGCUCGGCCCGGCCGGGGAGCGCGCGGGCAGCCGGCCGCAGAGCCCGUCGGGGGACGCGGAGGGCCGAGGCGACGCCGCCGUCUACUGCUUCCACGAGGCGGCCGGCGAGUGGCGCGAGCUGACGCGGCUACCCGAGGGCGCGCCGGCUCGCGGCUGCGGGCUGUGCGUGCUCUACAACUACCUCUUCGUGGCCGGCGGCGUGGGGCCCCCGGGCCCCGACGGCCGCGCGCGGCCCUCGGACCGGGUCUUCUGCUACAACCCGGCCACCGACCGCUGGAGCACCGUGCGGCCGCUGCGCCAGGCGCGCUCGCAGCUGCAGCUGCUGGCCCUGGAUGGCCACCUGUACGCCGUGGGCGGCGAGUGCCUGCUCAGCGUGGAGCGCUACGACCCGCGCGCUGACCGCUGGGCCGCCGUGGCCCCGCUGCCCCGGGGCGCCUUCGCCGUGGCGCACGAGGCCACCACCUGCAACGGCGAGAUCUACGUGUCCGGGGGUUCGCUCUUCUACCGCCUGCUCAAGUACGACCCGCGGCGCGAUGAGUGGCAGGAGUGUCCGUGCAGCAGCAGCCGCGAGCGCUCGGCCGACAUGGUGGCCCUGGACGGCUUCAUCUACCGCUUCGACCUGUGCGGGGGCCGCGGCGAUGCGCCGGGGGCCGGGCCUGCGGGGGGGGUCAGCGUGUUCCGCUACCACUGCCUAGCCAAGCAGUGGAGCCGCUGCGCCUCGCACCUGCGGCCCCCGGGCGCGCCGUCGGGCCUACAGCCCUUCCGCUGCGCCGCGCUGGAUGGCACCAUCUACUGCGUGAGCCGCGCGGGCACCUGGCGCUUCGUGCCGCCCCUGGACGGCGAGCCCGGCGCCGGCGACGCGGGCCCCGAAGGCAGCUUCAAGCUCCAGUCACUCCGAUCCCCCGCGGACGCCCGGGGCCUGUUCUUCCCGUUCGUGCUCAACCUGCCGGAGGAGAAGCCAGACCGAGGCGAGGAGGGCGCCGCGUAGGGUGGGCCGGGUCACCCGGGCGUGUCCCUCGGCAGCCCUGGGCCAGGGGACGCCCCGUGGGCCGAGGUCCCAACUGGGAAACUGGAAGGGGCGAGGGGAGUGGAGGCGGGGAGGGAGAGAGUCGGGGGUGGGCCCCGGCGGGCCCCGCCCAGCCCACGGGAUCCUUUAAAGGCUUAGAAGGUAGAAGCUUGUCGCGGGGCCUUGAAGACCUUUUGCCAUGCUGUAUUAAGGCCCGCUGCCUAGUCUGCAUUCCUUUUGCUUUGCUUUGCUUUGCUUAAUGGGGUCGACGGUAAGAUGUAGGAUGUGUGCAGAUAGAUAACCUUACAAAUAAGAUACAAAAUACCUGAGAAAGAAAGAAACAGAAUGAGAGAUGAAGCCUCCGGGUGCAGUGGGUGAGGCCUGGAGUGUACCGGGGUGUACUGUCCUCGAUAUCACUCGCGGAGUGGCCGGGAGGCCAGACCUGAGUUGUGUGGGGUACCAGGUACCGUUGCUUCCUGCACCAUGAGAGGGGACCUCGGGGCCACCUCCCAGAGCUGAGAUCCCAAAUUAGGCCAACGUGAACUAUAUUAGUGGAAGGACUGAAAGAAGGUCAUACUUUUUUCGGCUUGAGGUUUAAAAUUAUAACUGGUAAGUAAAGCUUUUAAACCCUUUCUAACUUAGCUUAAAAGUUCCUGCCACGUGUGCUUAACUUGCGGUUGGCUCCAUUCCAAAUGUAGUAAGUAUUAAGGGUGAAAUCUUUGAUUCCCAAUAAGAUUUGUCCAGUGAGAACUGAAAGUAUCUCCUCUGUCAUCAAGGGGCCCAGAUAUGGUCAAAGGCCCACACACCUCAAGAGCAAGUCCUUCUCACCGCUUAACUGAGAUGGGUUUAAUAUCUUCAAGUUAAGAGAUGUUAAUAAUUCUGUUCAGUGAUGUAGUAACGAGUUGCUCUUAUUUGAAUUCUAAAUCUUCGGUGACUGAAUGUUUUCCAAGGCGCAUGUCAUCAGUAGGAAAAGCUGACAGUGGCCAUGGUGCCUGUCUGCUUUAAAAGGAGCAUUUGGCACCCACCAGGUGUGCCCAGCCGCUUUGAUAUUUCAUAGUGGGCUCAGAAAGAGUAGUAUCCCCCCCCCCACCCCGCAAAAGAAGGUUAAAAUCCUUUCUUUUUGAGAGUUCUAAAGAAUAACAUACAGGCACAGUUGAACCCACUACUUAUGAUGUUUUAAAUAUGAAUUCUGUCAUCCUGAUGAGGGAAAUUCAUUUUUACAAGCAUCAGUCUAAGAAAUUGUGGCAGAGUGACAGCGUAGUAACGUAAGGGGAAAUAACAUAUAUGUAUAACGUAGUUUAGCAAGUAAACUACACUUUUCUAAUUGUGAAUUCCAGAAUACCGUAGUAGAAGUAACAUGAAAUUCAGUACUUUGGUAGGGCACAAGGAUGAAAAACAAAUCCGUUGAUCUUUCCUCAUUUGUUAUAAUAUUUUACUUUCCAAGUGUGUACACACAGGGCUUACUGUUUAUUAAAAUUUUAAGGAUAAAGUGUAUACGCUCAUAAAUAGAGGCCAAGUGAUCUGCAUUCUGAGUCCAAUCUACGUUUUUUUUUAUUACAAUAGGAAAAGUACACAUUGAAAGGUAUUGGCACAUAAGUAGAUGAAGUUAUGUGUACCUUACUAUGAUUUACUCGUGGAUCCAGUGAUGGGGGGGUUACCUCUGUCUGUGCCAAUCAGUGGGUAUGUGGGACAUAGGUUAUGCUUUUUAAAGAGUCUGUGGUUAUGAAAGUGAUCAGUUAAGCUGUUUAGGAAUGAUAGCUUGAAUCAUGCUUGCGCCAGAGCACGGUAUUUACCGUUUCAGCGGGUGCAUCCUGGUGACGUGUGUGCCUGCCCGUCACUGCCCCUGGCCUGAGACGAUGCUCGGCAACUUGGUCCAUCGUCUUAGGAAAGAAAAACAGGCUUCAGAUUGCCUGACUUCUUUGGCCUUUUGGUAGGAAUAGACUGGAGACGUGGCAGGAGGAAAAGAAUUGAAAUCCAAAAUAAAUAAUGUCCUUCUAAAGACAUGAGCAUUUCAUAUGAUAGUACAUUUUUCUCUAGACUUUCAUUAUUUAUGGUAAAACUUUUACAUGAAAUGGAACCAAGCUAAUAUUUUCAUUCCUUCCGUAUCAAACUCAUGAGAUAUUAUCACUGUGAUUUUACUUGAGAAAUCAUUCCUAUGAUGUUUACCGUUUCAAAACAUCAGCGCUGAAAGUGGGCUUCCAAAGUAAACUCUCCCCGUAGAAGAUGGGAGACCUGUUAGAUGUCACGUGUGCACAGCCACACGAUAACAUGCCCAGCUGGAGUGUUUGUAUAUUAUUUCAUCCUUUAAUUGAACGAAGAAAUGCCUGGACUAGACGUAGCAUCACUUUCUGUGGGAGCUGGCCCCGGAGUCCCAGGGAUUUGUCAGGAUGAGAUGCCCGAGGAUGCCUAAGGAUGGGUAGAGGAUUUAGAACCUUGCAGACCACACUUCUACUAGUAAUAUCACUGAGAACAGAUACCAGAGCACCUGGCAUGCUGAGAGGACCAGUUUAAUUUGCUUUUGGAGGCCAGUACCUGGGGUGUAGGGCCAGGAGGGUGGUGCACCGAUUAUACCAACGGAAAAGCCACCCCAUGCAAGAUCCUCGGUUUGGAGGACAGCUAGGGGAGGGGCAGCCCUGGCUGAGACUUCCCUCCAGGUCUGAUGUUCCGAGGACGGAUCAUGUCACAUUCAACGUGAUGUGCCAAGUCUGUAUGCAGCUCUAUUUAGAGAAACAGUUGGUGCAAAAAUAUUCCUGCUCUUCGAUCAGUUGAGUCAAACGAAGCUAAUGCAUUUAUGACAUCCAUCCGUAGUUCACAUGAAAUUAAGAAACCCGGGCACACUGACAUUCCCAGAUAUUUGAAAAAGCGGUGGCAUUUUAAGGGGGAAGGCUAUAAUUUGGGAAAGCUCGAUCUUUUGGUUAGCUCACAAGCAAUGACUUUUGUAUUGUUAAUCAAGGUUCAUUUGGGAUCCAAGGGAAUGGGGUUAAGACGUCUUCACUUCCUUUCUGUUUUUACCUUUGGUUCGGGGAACAGCCGCAGUGCCGGCGUGGCCUCUGGCAGCUUUACGGGACUGGAUUUGGAACUCGGUGACUCGAUUUCUGAAUCUCUGGCAGCACCAAUCUCCUUUCCUUGAAGACAAUGGAAGUUCUUUUGCUACUUAGUUAAAACUCCUCCCUUUGUAUCAGUUUUGCUACAAAUCCUUAAAAUGAAUCACCUGCUCCAUUCCUGUUCAUUUCUGGUGUCCCUUCAGUAAUUCUGCUAGCUGCUGUUUGAUCUGUGGGUCUCUUGGGUAACUUCCUGUGAAAGAUUUUGAAGUGAGAUGCAACGUUUUUGAGGUCCUUUGUGUUUUCCUGAAGUUAAGAUGGUUUCGGGACAUAAUCUGUUGUAACAACUUCCUGGGGCGAUAUGUAAACAGAAGCGCUCUCUUGUGUUCUGUUUUAUUGCAGACGCUUUCCUAGCUUACAAAAUGUUUUGUUUUGGUGUUUUUAAAAAUGUUUUGUUUUGGUGUUUUUAAAAAAUCAGUGUCCUUAUUUUUCCCUUUCCUCUGCAAUAUCAUUAUUCAUGGGAAGAUAAGAAGAGCUAAAGAUGGGAAUGUGUCAUCUUCUGGUUGCGUCUGAACGUAUGUCAGCGGCCACGUUCUGUACACUUUCCCCCCUUCCAGGAAGGUGCCUGGACCACAGGAGCUGGCAGGGCACUUCGUACCUGCUUGGUGAAUUGGUUUGAGAUGAAUUGAAAUAAAGGCCUAGAUGUGUUCUCAUGCGAGAUGAAAGCUCCUCUGAGGCUUUUGAAAGCUGUAAGCAGUGCUGCAGUGUGGCCGGGUGUUAAAGGCAAACAGGUGUCUUGAAGACACAGUUCAGGCCGGCUGAUGCUUUAUGGAUCAACGCUUCAGUUUCUAGGUCCUGGGUACCAAUCGCAUAAAACCUUGUACGCCUGUCUGUUUAUCCUGAGAUGAAAUAAAUCACUGGGCGAUGCCAGCGCUCCUGAAACCU